AUGUUGCCUAGGAGCCGAACUCUUCCUAGCAGAAUCCACCAUGGAGUGGUGGAAGAAAGGCAAGAUAUCAGGCACUACUUACAAGUGGAAGUCCAACCUAAAGUUAGUGAGAGUGAAGCUAUCAACCCUCAAUCCAAUUACUCAAAGUGUUUUGAUGAUGAUGGCCGCUUGAAAAGAACAGGAAAUUUCUGGACUGCUUCUUCGCACAUAAUUACUGCUGUUAUAGGAUCAGGAGUCCUAUCGUUGGCUUGGGCCAUAGCGCAGCUCGGUUGGGUUGCUGGACCGGCUGUUAUGGUCCUAUUUGCCUUUGUAAAUCUCUACACUUCGAAUCUACUAGCACAGUGCUACAGGGCUGGCGACCCUGUCACGGGACAGAGAAAUUACACCUACAUGGAUGCUGUCAAAUCUUUCUUAGGAGGACGGAAGGUGACGUUAUGUGGAUUGAUUCAAUACUUGAAUUUGUUUGGAGUUGCUAUUGGUUAUACUAUUGCAGCAUCAGUCAGCAUGAUGGCAAUAAAGAGAUCCAACUGUUUCCACAGAAGUGGAGGAAAAGAUCCAUGCCAUAUGUCAAGCAAUGGGUAUAUGAUAACAUUUGGAAUCAUAGAGAUCUUGUUUUCUCAGAUACCGGACUUUGAUCAAGUAUGGUGGCUUUCUAUAGUUGCUGCUAUUAUGUCUUUCACGUAUUCUACAGCUGGUUUGGGUCUUGGUAUUGGAAAAGUUGCAGGAAAUGGAACCUUCAAAGGAAGCCUGACUGGUAUCAGUAUCGGGACGGAAACGCAUGCUGGAAGAGUUACUUCUACACAGAAACUAUGGAGAAGUCUGCAAGCUCUUGGAGCUACUGCCUUUGCUUAUUCAUUUUCCAUGAUCCUCAUUGAAAUUCAGGAUACAAUAAGAUCUCCACCUGCAGAACACAAAACUAUGAAGAAAGCAACUUUAUUUAGCAUCGGUACAACGACAGUUUUCUACUUACUCUGUGGAUGCAUGGGCUAUGCAGCUUUUGGUGAUAUGGCCCCUGGAAAUCUUUUGACUGGCUUUGGAUUCUACAACCCCUACUGGCUAUUAGACAUUGCUAAUGUUGCUAUCGUUGUUCAUCUAGUUGGUGCUUAUCAGGUGUUUUGCCAGCCAUUGUUUGCAUUUGUGGAAAAAUGGAGUGCUCGCAAGUGGCCAAAGAGCGAUUUUGUGACAGCAGAGUAUGAGAUACCCAUCCCCUUUUACGGCGUUUACCAGCUGAACUUUUUCCGGCUAGUAUGGAGAACCAUAUUUGUUCUGCUGACAACUGUAAUAGCCAUGCUCCUGCCCUUCUUCAAUGAUAUUGUUGGACUCCUCGGUGCCAUGGGAUUCUGGCCCUUGACAGUUUUCUUUCCCAUCGAGAUGUACAUUUGUCAGAAGAAGGUUGGGCGAUGGACAGGCCAGUGGCUAGGGCUUCAGAUUCUCAGCAUUGCGUGCCUCAUGAUCACCAUAGCUGCAGCUGUUGGCUCUGUUGCUGGGGUUGUGUUGGAUCUCAAAACUUACAAGCCAUUUAAAACUAGUUACUGA